GGUCUGCCAGCUGCUUACCGUGAGUGUCCUGAACUGUCCCCGCUGUGUGCACCGACCACCCAUGUUCUGAACUGUCCCCGUUGUGUGCACCGACCACCCGUGUCCUGAACUGUCCCUGUUUUGCGCACUGACCACCCGUAUUCCGAACUGCCCUGCUGUGUUUGCACUGACCACCCGUGUCCUGAUAGCAUGCCCGGAGUAUAGCUACCUGUGGUGCCCCUGAGUGCUUAAGCCAUCGCUACCCGUUGAGUCCCCGUGAACCCAAUGACCCUAGAAAGCUGGGUGGGAGCUGUGCUGUGGCCAGUCUCCACAGCUAGAGUCCCAUUGAGUCCCCGAGGCCCCUGCCCAGUGGUAGGUUGCCGCCUGUUGCCCGAGCCCCUGCCCAGGGGUAGAUUGCCGCCUGUUGCCCGAGGCCCCUGCCCAGUGGUAGGUUGCCGCCUGUUGCCGCCUGUUGCC